AUGGCAGCCACAAUGAAAGCAGACGCCCAAAGCAAAUACCAGCACGCGCCGCUGAUUGUGAUCAUUGGCGCUACCGGCAAGACGAAGUUCUUACUGGAGCUGGCCCGACGUUUCAGCGGCGAGGUGAUCAGCGCCAACUCAAUGCAAAUCUACCGCGGACUGGACAUUGCCACGGCCAAGGCCACCACUGAGGAGCAGGCCCAGGUGCGACAUCACCUUCUCAGUGGUGGACUGGUGGACCCCUUCAAACAGUUCACCGUACAGGACUUUCAGCGACUGGCGCUGGCGGCAAUCGACGACAUUCUCGCCCGACAGAAGGUGCCCGUCAUUGUGGGCGGCACCAACUACUACAUCGAGUCGAUCCUCUGGGACACGCUGGUCGGCGCAGCAGGUGGACUCUGA